CACUUAAUAUUUUCUCUUACAGAGCAAAAAUGCAGAUCUUUGUGAAGACCUUGACAGGGAAGACCAUCACCCUGGAGGUUGAGCCCAGUGACACCAUUGAGAACGUGAAGGCCAAGAUCCAGGACAAGGAAGGCAUUCCUCCUGACCAGCAGAGGCUGAUCUUUGCUGGCAAGCAGCUGGAAGAUGGGCGCACCCUGUCCGACUACAACAUCCAGAAGGAGUCCACUCUGCACAAUGUUCUGCCCUUGAGAGGUGGCAUGCAGAUCUUUGUGAAGACCCUGACUGGCAAGACCAUCACCCUGGAGGUUGAGCCCAGUGACACCAUUGAGAACGUGAAGGCCAAGAUCCAGGACAAGGAAGGCAUUCCUCCUGACCAGCAGAGGCUGAUCUUUGCUGGCAAGCAGCUGGAAGAUGGGCGCACCUUGUCCGACUACAACAUCCAGAAGGAGUCCACUCUGCACCUUGUGCUGCGCCUGAGGGGUGGCAUGCAGAUCUUUGUGAAGACCCUGACUGGCAAGACCAUCACCCUGGAGGUUGAGCCCAGUGACACCAUUGAGAACGUGAAGGCCAAGAUCCAGGACAAGGAAGGCAUUCCUCCUGACCAGCAGAGGCUGAUCUUUGCUGGCAAGCAGCUGGAAGAUGGGCGCACCCUGUCCGACUACAACAUCCAGAAGGAGUCCACUCUGCACUUGGUGCUGCGCCUGAGGGGUGGCAUGCAGAUCUUUGUGAAGACCCUGACUGGCAAGACCAUCACCCUGGAGGUUGAGCCCAGUGACACCAUUGAGAACGUGAAGGCCAAGAUCCAGGACAAGGAAGGCAUUCCUCCUGACCAGCAGAGGCUGAUCUUUGCUGGCAAGCAGCUGGAAGAUGGGCGCACCCUGUCCGACUACAACAUCCAGAAGGAGUCCACUCUGCACCUUGUGCUGCGCCUGAGGGGUGGUAACUGAAGUAGCUAUUCAGUGCUUGCAUCCAUGUGAAAGUUUCACUGCACUUGUUCAUUCCAAUAAAGCUGUUGCAUCCACAAAAGUUUGUGUCUCUUAAAUUAUAUAAGCAAAUAUUUUGGUUAGACUUGGUUAAUAAAAUGUAAUUAUCUUGCUUGAAAGUAUUAUAAAGAUGUAGUUAAAAGCUGCCCUGUGUAAGGUUUAGUCAUACCUGAAAAGAAUGACUAGCCCAUUGGACAUGGUUCUCCUGAGAUUGUAGUGGUGGUCUUAACUCGCUAACAGUACAAUUCUGAUUUGCAGCUCUUAAACUACUGUUGUGCAGUUACAUGCAGGUGUAAUUUAAUAUUUGAACAGUGACCACGGAUUGAAGGUAAGAAGCCUCCUCAUGUGACCAACUUGGAUCAGCCAGCUGGAAUCUUUUCCAGGUCUUCUGGUUAAAUCUGUAAUAGCAAAGGAAGUAGAAUAAACAAUACACAUGCUUGCAUGUAUGAAUGUGUGCAUUGCAGUAAGUAAUAUGAAAAGAACUGAGUACUGUGGGUCUUAGCUUGGCAGGCUAGACUUCAAACAGACCUGUUUAUCCUGCAAAUCGGAAUCCUUUAUGGUCUGGGAGACUUUGGUAAUACUUGGCUCAGUAAUUGCCAGGUCCUGCCCGGAGUGUUUCAUUAAUGUGAGAAGUUAGCUUGCGAAGCACUCGGAAGUUUCGGUAAAGGAUAGCUUUGUUGGGACCCCCCAAGGCCACCCUGGCUUUGCAAUCCUACACUGACCUAACCAACUCACUGUAUGCUGUGCAGUGGUAGAAAUGUCACUACUGAUACUGCAGGUCCAACUGAGUGUUUGAAGUGCUGCCUUCUUAAAUCUGUCGGCUAGUGUGAGUUUUCCAAUCAUUCAGUUACCGGGUAGCCUUUAUUCUUUGCACAGCUUAAGCAUGUUAGCAGACUUUGUAACCUAAGAUGUACCAGCUUGUUUAAAAAUAUCUUUUGGAAUGCACUUCUGUUCCAGCUUUGUGCUAUGUGGAAACAUGACAGUGUUGAUUAGCUAAAACAGAAGUGUUAAAGAACAGUUCCCAUACAGUAAGAGAACAGACAAAAGGGAAGUCUUCACAAAACUAUUGGGCAGUAGAAUGGAGAUCACCAAAUAAAUGGUUUGUCUUCUGAAGUAAGCUCAGUAAAUAGUUAACCAAGCUGCUGCACUUGGAAUCAGGGAGACUAUGGAAACUACAGAA